AUCGUACAUGAUCAUGUCGAACAUGAAUCCCAUUUCCUUGUUCUUUUUAGAGCUCCUCCUCAUUGGCCUUGGCGCACCACAGUUUAUCGCCGGCGACGACAGCCAGCGGUUUGUCUACUCUGGUUUCGCUAACGCUAACCUCACCCUCGAUGGCACAGCCUCAGUCACGCCAAGCGGGUUGCUUGAGCUGACCAAUGGCACAGCCAUGAGCAAGGGCCACGCCUUCUACCCAGUUCCACUCCGCCUCCACGAUUCGCACAACGGGACGGUACAAUCCUUCUCCGCCUCCUUCGUGUUUGGUAUCAUCUCCAUCUACAACUUGAGCAGCCAUGGCCUCACCAUGCUGGUCGCACCGAGCAAGGAUUUCUCCGGGGCGAAUCCAGUACAGUACCUGGGCCUUGUCAAUGGCUCAAACAAUGGCAAAACAACCAACCACAUCUUCGCUGUUGAACUCGACACUUGGCUAAACCCCGAGUUUGGAGACAUCAACAACAACCACGUGGGCAUCGACAUCAACAGCCUCAGCUCUGUGCAGUCCCAACCAGGCGGCUUCUUCCAUGACCAGAAUGGCACGUUCAAGAAUUUGACUUUCAGUAGCCAAGAGGCAAUGCAGGUAUGGGUGGGCUACGAUAGAGAAACGACUCAGAUCGAAGUUACCAUGGCUCCCCUCGACAUGGCCGCCAAGCCCAAGAGACCAACAGUAUCCACCAGGUACAACCUUUCAUUUGUGCUCAAAGAUGUCGCAUACAUCGGCUUCUCAUCCUCUACGGGCAAGAUCAACACACGACACUAUGUGCUUGGUUGGAGUUUCGCCAUGAACGGUGCUGCUCCAGCCAUCAAUCUCACCAUGCUUCCAAAGCUUCCACGGCAUCAUCCCAAGGGUCAUCGAUACUGGGUGCUAGAGAUAGUUCUGCCGGUAGCAACGGCGAUAGUCCUGCUGUCUUUGGGCACCAUUGCUUUCAUCCUUGUGCAGAGGCAUUUCAGGUAUGCGGAGAUACGAGAUGACUGGGAGGUGGAUUUCGGCCCACACCGGUUCUCUUACAAGGAUUUAUUCCAUUCAACAGAAGGAUUUGAGAACAAGAACCUUCUAGGAGUUGGAGGAUUUGGGAGAGUGUACAAAGGGCUGCUUCCGAGAUCCAGAUUGAAGAUAGCCGUGAAGAGGGUGUCACAUGAUUCCAAGCAAGGUAUAAAGGAGUUCAUCGCGGAAAUAGUCAGCAUAGGCUGCCUUCAAAACCGCAAUCUUGUGCCAUUUCUUGUCUAUUGUCGACGUAAAGGUGAACUUCUCUUGGUAUAUGAGUACAUGCCAAACGGAAGCCUUGAUAAAUACUUGUAUGGCAAAGAGGAUAACACGGUGUUGAGCUGGGCUCAAAGGUUCCGGAUCAUCAAAGGAAUUGCAGCUGGCUUGCUUUAUCUCCACGAGGAGUGGGAGAAAGUGGUUGUUCAUCGAGACAUCAAGGCAAGCAAUGUGCUCCUUGACGACGAGAUGAAUGGACGAUUGGGUGAUUUCGGCCUUGCAAGGCUGUAUGACCAUGGCAUCGACCCACAGACUACAGAUGUGGUUGGCACCAUAGGCUACCUAGCUCCAGAGCUAGCACGCAGCGGAAAUGCCCCUCCUCCUACUGAUGUCUUUGCCUUCGGCAUGUUCGUUCUUGAGGUCACCUGUGGACAAAGACCUGUCAAUCACCAAAACACAGAAGAAAAUCAGCUCAUUUUGAUCGAUUGGGUGAUUGACAAGGUGCAGAAAGGAUCAUUCAGUGAUACACUGGAUGCUAGGCUAAAAGGGAGUUAUGAUGUUGGUGAGGCAUGCUUGGCACUAACAAUAGGGAUACUAUGCUCUCACCCAUUCGCCAAAGCAAGGCCUACCAUGAGGCAAGUCAUGCAAUACCUAAAUGGGGAAACUGAGCCUCCAGAGUUAAGCUUCGAGAUGCUAGAUUUGAUGCAAAACGAAGAAUUUGAGCCAUACAUCAUUUCAUACCCUGUGUCAAGUACAAGCAUAGCCACAAUGUCUCACGUCUCAGGAGGAAGAUGAACAUGGCACUUUGUCAUGUCUGAUAUAAAGUAUAUUUAUUAAAUACCUUAAGGAACAUAUAUAUUGUAAAUGUGAUGAGCCAUAUAUACAAAGCCUAUAUCUACCUUAAAGAUAUUUUGGUUCGUUUGUAAAAACAUCAUGUCCUCGUUUUGUUCUGUCUGCAUC